CGGAAUUACAAGGUUGCACACCAGAAGAUCUCAAUAGAUGUUGAUUUGGAAAACAAUGCUAUCCAUGGGUCCACAGAGCUAAUAGUGAUACCAACUGAACCCAUACUUAAGCAGAUCCAACUUGACUGUCGCCAACUUGAAGUUCAUGAUGUGUUUGUCAAUAAUAGAAGAGCAGUUUUUAGUUACGAUGAUCCACUUCACUCUGAAUACUCUGACUUCGUCAACCAUGAUAGUAACCCAAUAUUCAAUGAUAUAAGUCAGCAUCAUUUCUAUAAAAAUAAAUUUGAAAAGAUGUAUUCUGGUGAAAAUACAGAAGAAUUGACAAUUUCCAUGCCAGAAAAGUUAAAGUUGUCCCUUCAUGAUCCAACCACAAUCCAUUCACUCACACCAAGCUAUAAAGACUCCCCAGGCAGUCACAAAAUGUCUACUGCCACAGACGCUGUGUAUACACCUGUCAAUGUCAAGAUUGAAUACAGCUUGAAGAAUCCAAGAACAGGGCUGGCAUUUGUUGGUGGUAAAGGUUCACAGAUAAGUAAAUCCGAAUGGCAUGCAUAUACAGUGAAUUCAGACUAUGGUGUCAGUACAUCUUCUUGGGUGCCAUGUGUUGACAGUCUUUGGGAAAAAUCAACUUGGGAGUUAGAAAUAAGUGUUCCAAGAACAAUUAAAGACAUUGGUGUAACAAGGCUAAUAGGAUCUGCAAACACAGAACCUGAAGAUGAUGAAGACGGAGAUGAAAGCAAUGAUAUUGUUGUUGUUGGUGGUGAUUUUAGCAACCAGAAAGAGAGUGCUCAUCCUAUAGAUAUGGCCAAGAAGCUGGUUUCAUAUUCCAUAUUUAAUCCGACUGCUGCUCAGCAUAUUGGUUGGUCAGUUGGUCCUUACGUUCAAGUACCUUUGAUUAAUCUACAAGAGGAGGAGGAACCUGAGCUGAUGGAAGAGAAAGAUACAACUGCUGUUCCAGCCUCUAUUUAUUGUCUUCCUUCCCAAAAAGAUGAUGUUGUCAACACAACAAUUUUCCUAUACAAAGCUAUUGAUUUUUAUUCAAGAGAAUUUGGUUCAUUUCCAUUUACUAGUUAUGCAUUGGUUUUUGUUUCAGAUAUAGAUGCAGAUGUUUGUGGGUUUGCUGGACUCUCAAUCUUGAGUAAAAGAUUGGUUUACGCCCCAAAUGUUAUUGAGCCAAUUUAUACCAGCACUUAUGCUUUGAGCGUUGCUCUUUCUGAACAGUGGUCUGGAAUUAAUGUCACUCCAAAGACCUUUAAUGAUUCAUGGGUCACCAUAGGUAUUGCUCAUUAUAUGGCACAACAAUUUAUAAAAAAGCUUAUGGGGUCAAAUGAAUAUAAAUACAGAAUCAAGAAGCAAGCUGAUAAAGUCUGUGAUGAGGAUAUUGGUAAAAGACCUUUGGCAGAACCGUUUUUACAAUUUCCUGUUUCAACGCACGACUUCAAAUUCAUUGAACUAAAAGCUCCUAUUGUGUUAUUCAUUUUAGAUAGACGUAUGACUAAAACAGACAAGUCAUUUGGUCUUUCAAGAGUUAUUCCAAAGAUUUUUUUACAAGCAAUGUCUGGUGACUUAGCUAAUGGUUGCGUUGGAACUAAUCACUUUCAACAUGUUUGUGAAAAAGUUAAUCAUAAUCGUUUGGAUUCAUUCUUUAGACAAUGGGUCUAUGGUUCUGGUGUUCCAAUUUUUAGAGUCACUCAAAGGUUCAACAAAAAGAGAAUGUUUAUUGAAAUGGGAAUAAGGCAAGUUCAACAUCAAGAAACAGCAAAAAUACACCCAUCUCCAGAAUCGUUCAUUACUGAAGCUAGAAGAGAUCAAGAAGGUGCAUAUGCUCCGUCUUCUCCAACAUUAUUUACUGGGCCAAUGACUAUUCGUAUUCAUGAAGCUGAUGGUACGCCAUAUGAACAUAUUGUUGAUCUAAAAGAAGGGUUUACUAAACUUGACAUACAAUACAAUACAAAAUAUAAACGUCUCAAAAGGAGUCAAAAGCAACAGAAGAGUGACAAAGAGAGAAAUGAAGUUGAUGAGGAAGAAACUGUCCUGUUACAUUGUCUUGGUGAUAUUCUGCAAUCAGAGCAAGAGAUUCAAGAUUGGGAUUUAACUGAAUGGACUAAAGAAGAGGAGGAAAAGAUGAAUAACGAAGCAUUUGAAUGGAUCAGAGUUGACGCAGAUUUCGAAUGGAUUUGUAAAAUCCAUAUCAAUCAACCUGAUUAUAUGUAUGCAUCACAAUUACAACAAGAUCGAGAUGUUGAAGCUCAAUUGGAAUCAAUCAAUUAUUUCCAGACUGCUAAUCCAAACACAUUAUAUUCAAGUAUCUUAUUGAGAACCUUGUUGGAUUCCCGUUAUUACUAUGGUGUACGGGUUGAAGCUGCUCUGGGUAUUGCUAAGUUCGCCAAGGAGAAAUCAAAUUGGAUAGGUACAAAGCAUCUACUUACUGCUUUUAAAAGACUUUUUUGCUUUGAAAACUCAACCAUCCCAGUGCCUAAUGAUUUUUCAGAUUUUGCGUCAUAUUUUUUGAAAAAGGCUAUUUCUGAAGCUUUAUCAACAAUCAGAGAUCAAAACAGUGACUGUCCAAUAGCUAUUAAAAGAUUUUUAUUAGACAUGUUGAAGUUCAAUGAUAAUCUGAAUAAUCCAUAUUCAGACUCUUUUUAUGUUGGUCAUUUGAUAACUUGUCUUGUGAAUUCAAUUUGUGCGAAUGCUUUGAAUGAUAGUGUAUCGAAGUUGAAUGAUGUUGAUAAAGACUUUUUAGUCGAUGCUAUUUCUGAGAUUUCAAGACAUCAAAAAAUGGAUGAGUGGAUUCCGUCUUAUAAUUCACUUGUUGGUGUGACGGCAUUCAAAGAAAAGCUGAAAUUGGCAAGAAGAGGGUUGUUUACUAUUGAUCCUGAUGAUUUGUUUGAACAUACCAGGUCUAAUUAUUAUGAAGAUGUUAGAGUUACUGCGUUUGAAGGUUUGUUCCAAUCUGGUGGCUUAAAAAACUCUGAGAUAUUACGUUAUUUCUUCUUGUUGGCCACUUUUGAGAAGUCUCCAUAUAUUAGAUACAAACUUAUCAGAGCGUUUGCUCAUUCAUUUGGAACUGUUAUAAUUGAUGGAAGCUCCAUUGAUUUGGACGAAGAAGAGCUGAAUCAUGACAUUGAAAUAGAGAAGAAAACAAGAGAGACUGAUACUGGUAUGGUGGUCAUUGAUGAGGGUGCUGAAGAUCAAUUCAACUCUAGAAAAGAUACAUUUGCAAAAGCAACUCUUAAAGGUGCUGUUGAUCUACUUAGAAGGGAUUACAGCAAGUUCGAGCCUUUAAGAAAAGAGCUAUGGAAUGCUUUAAGAAUACCUCUAUUGAGCGUUUCUGAAAAGAGAACUUUAUUUGAUGUUGUUUCUGUGCUAGUUCCUGCUUAUGAUUUCCUCAUAUCCAAAUUCCAAAUUCCU